GCAUAGACCCCUCUUCUUCCAGGACAGGGAGCCAAAUCGAUUGGUAUCUGUCACUGCAGGAGAUGGUGGCUUGAAAAUGGACAUGCUAAAGGACCUUGAGUCCCUGCAGUUUGAACAUGGGAUUUCAGAGGAAGAUCGUACCUGGCUGUAUUUGCAGCACCGUUCUCGGGGACUGACAAUCACGGCCUGUGCCCAUGCAACCUUCUUCUGCAAACUAUAUUGUAAUUUGAGAAAAUCAUUACAUGAGAAUCAAAGUUCCAGAUGUCCCUCAACUGGAUCACUUGAUUUGGAUGCUCCUGACGAGGAGUUAAAGAUGGGCAUCAUUGGAGGUGGCCACCUUGGGAAGCAGCUGGCUGAUGCACUGCUGCAGCUUGUCCCCAUCCCUGCUGAGAGCCUGAGGAUCUCCACUAGGAGGCCAGAGGCUCUGGAUGAGCUCCAGAAACUGGGGGUCCAAUGCUUUUACCAUAACUCUUAUCUGGUGGGUUGGGCCGACAUGAUAUUCCUCUGCUGCUUGCCAUCUCAGCUGCCUAAUAUCUGCUUAGAAAUUCAAACCAGCCUUAAGAAGACCUGCAUUGUGUACAGCUUUGUAGCUACCACCCCACUACCCAGGUUGAAACUACUACUGAACCACACCAAUAUCUUGCGGCCUCAAUAUCAUUGUGUUCAGAAUUUUGUUAACAUCUGGGGGGCCAAUAAGAAAAUCACAGCUGCUCUCCAAGAUCCUGUGAUUCUUCAGGCUACCUGCCCCUACAGUCCUGCUGGGGGAAUAAUCCUCAAUAUCAAGUGGUUGGAGGGAGUGUUUUAUGCAGCCCUAAACAUCUGCACAGCAAGCAAUGUGGCCCACUCACAAGUGCUACAGUUUCUGAAUGAACUAUUUCUCUCUGUGCACUUUGAAGACUGUGAGAAAGACACAGCAUCUUGCCCAAAAUUUCAGUUAACAAAUUUUGUCAGCAAAACCUAUGUCAAGAACCUGUCUCAGAACAGGCCUCUCCCCUGGUUUGAUCUGAUUGCUACGCAAGUCAAGGAAACUCCCUUUAGCCAGCAUCUCUCAGCCAGUACUGUUCUCCAAGACCACCUUACUCAUCUGUACUGUAAUUCAUUUGGCAUCUCCCUAACCAAAGAACAGCCAGUGGUUUCCAUGGGCUCUCCAUCCCAGUAAGAAACCUCAGGAAUCAGGAUUUUUUUCCCUCACAGAUUUGCUCUACAGUGGUUGUGCCCUGAUUACUACAAUUGACAGUGGAUAUCAUGUGACUGCAUUGUGUUUGCCACACGUUAAGCACUAGGAAUUAGAAAAUUGAACUGAUAGCUCUUUAACAUGUAGAAUAAAAUAAGAGAUCCUAUACAUCAUUAUACUUGGAUGUGUCUGCCUUUCAGAAGCAACCAAAUGAAACUACACAACCUAACAUACUUAAGUAAGCUGCUUCUCCUGAAAAGCCUUGUUAGCACAAAUUAUUUCUCUUCUAAAA